ACAGCCCGAGCCCCACGCACAAUCGAUCUUUUGCAUCCAUCCGUUGCCCAGAGGAGCAUCUCAGCCUUAUUCCGAUGCUAUUGCAAAGAAGAUUGGCACCAAGGCUACCGGUACAUCUAUCUGGGGAUUCUUCAGAGCUGGAUUUCCCUCGAGAAGAAGAGUGUUUUACUCCGAGAACUCUGAGGGUUUCUGAGUGAUAACCAGCUUUUCGGCUUAUCUUCACCCACAUUUUUGGAUGCUACCGAAAUCAGCCGACAAUCAACAAAGUAGAGGCACGUUCAGAAGCUCAACUAUCAAGCUUUCGUCCUCCAAGGAUAUCAUCGGUAGAAACUUUUGAAGCAUGAUGCGGCCUUGGUCCCUUGCCUGUUCUGUCCAGUGUCAAUGGAUUAAGCAGCCGGCAUUCCUCCUCAAGGGUUCCCAUGUGAACCCUCCUUUUCAACGGCGGUAUCUUGCCACCAAAGGAAGAGGAGGAGGCCUCAAGAGAACCAAAGGAGGGGGAUUUGCUCGCAAUAAGAAAGCACAGGAGCGCCCGCCAAAGAAUGCAAGGGGCAAAGCCAAAGAAGACGAACCAAAGCCUACGCUAACACCACCAAAGAAGCAUUGGACCAAUGAUCCGGACCGAUUGUGGGCCUAUCGGCAGCACGCAUGGACGACAGUAGCUCAAAGGGGUGCACCACUGCUGGUUUUGAGCUGUGUGGUGGCCUUUUCAGAAGAAGGCAACCAAAUGUUCUACUCCUACCUUUGUCCCCUUCAAAUGGAACAACUAAGUGGGCCCAGUAUGCUACCUUCGAUUCAUCCUUGGGGCGAUGUCUGGCUUCACACAACUCCUAUGUGGGAUUCCCUUCGACAAUUGUAUCAUUCUGCCAAAGAGUUUGUGACGGGGAACCCGUCUCCACUGUAUCAAUGCGGUCAAAUUGUGAUUUGGAGAGAUCCCCAAACCAACAGACGGAGUUGUAAACGGAUUGUCGGCAUGGGAGGAGACACCGUGCAACGAUACGGUCAAUUUGCCGAGUAUUAUCGACACCGUCCAGAUCUGGGAGUUCGUUGGGAGACUCUGCAAGCACGAGGCUUGGAUCCAUCCUGUCCCUGGGACACGCAAUCUACUACCAUGGACGACCCUGGUUUGGGAGAUUCCACUGGUGAACCACCACAGCACCAUUCGACUACUAGUCUGAGUCCUGGUAGUAGUACUUCCCAGACGGAACAGCGCCAUGAUGACGACCGUUUGUAUCACAGCACCCGGGUGGUUCCAAAGGGUCAUGUUUGGCUGGAAGGCGACAAUCCUCUCUUAUCGGUGGAUUCCAGACACUAUGGACCCGUCCCUUUAUCCUAUUUGGAAGGCAAAUUGGUGUGGCGACUAUGGCCCCUGCUUCGUCACCCUGCCAUUCGCAAACAUGAUCAAAUGCUGCUGAAACAUCGUCACAUUCGCCCUCAGCCACUGGACGUUGAGACGCCCAAACAACGCGGACAAGAGGAUCGCUUGGCGCUCUAUUACAAUUUGCAUUGUAUGCAGAAUCAGCAACCACAGCGCGAUCCUCCGUUAUCAUUGGACGAACCAGAUCAGGCCAUGGAAUUCACCAGUAAUGCAAGUGGGAGAGGCUGAAGUGAUGUUCGUUUGGAUAGUUUUAAAUUAGAUUGUCAGAACCAGACACUUUUAAAAGAAAACGAUAGUUUAACUACUGACCACUGAGGAUUAUUU